GUGAACGCGCAUGUCGUUUUUUUUCACUUUGUUGGCGUUUAGAUUGCGGUAAAUGUACCGAAUCAAAGCACCAACUACCCCAAGAACGACUAUCUUCCAACGGGUGUCGCCAUGAAAUGCGGUCUUUGUUGCCCGCCUACGUACAAACGGCCAUUGUAUGUUCGUCAUUUUUGUGUUCCUAAAUCCUUUACUUUCAUAUAAAACUGAAGACCGUGGGUGUGGUUCUUGUCAGACAAUAGUUUCGUAGAGUAAUUUCGGUGCUUUAUAAAUUCGGAUUGCCUACGAAGAGAAGGGGUAUGGAAAAUCAGGCAUGAGAAUGGGCAGCCAUGUCCUGACGUCAUCAGGCGACAUCAUGGGGCCCUUUCGAUGUAUGGCAGGCGCGCGCUAAACCAUUCCAUUUGUACUUCAUCUGUGUAUUUCUCACUUUCUCUAUACUAUUUCACAUUGUAUUGUACUGGCGAAAUUAUUCCCGGAUGGAGGAGGUCGACGUUGACCCGAUAAUUACAAAUAUUCCAACAUCCAGACAUGGGAAGCAUUUGGGUUUUGCUUGGGGUCCAGGAAAUAUCCUUGUGUAUGAGACCCUUUACAAACAACCGGGCAGUUUGGGGUCAUGCAGCUCCUCCAUCCACGACGUCAGGAAGGACGAAGACAUUUACUCUCCCAUUUUACGCAAACUCUUCAAUGAGUCACACCACAUCUUUGUUGGUCUCCAAACAAUCCAAGAGGAGAUCCCCAGCAAGAACAAGAAGUCCCAAUUUGUCAGCAUUAGUAAAAAUUAUAGAUCUGUAAUCCGAGCAUGUAUAGAAGAGCUUCAACAAGUUGCAGUUAAUACCAGUGACUCAGCGGUGUGCACACAAUAUGGAAAUCAGGUGUCAAUCCUGUUGGCCAUUGAACUGAUCUGGAAUCUCUGUGAAGUGCUCUUCAUUGACGCUGCAGGCCCUCUGUUGCUCCACCUGCUAAACUGGGUGAGGCUGCACAAGGCCGAUGUGGACGAGAAGGCCAUGCAUGUGCUGCGAAGCGAGAGUCCCGCUGAACACCGCGACUACUGGGACGUGGUGGUGGGCUACGUGCUGCAGGGCCGCUUGGAGGAAGUCAGACAGUUGCUGCAGAAGCAGGCCACCCUCCAGCCCACUGCCAGGAGCAUGUUCAAGCUGAUGGACAACCUGCUCAGCAAGAUGCCCUUCUAUCAUCCCGGUGGCACCCAGACGUCGACAGAGUUUGACAUCAAGUGGCGACACUGGCACGAGGAAGUAGACCGCUGCCUCCAGGACAACUCUUUUGCCAGCAACCCACACCUGGAACUCAUAUGCAAGAUCUUGGUGGGAGAUGAAGACACUUUGCUGGAACAUAAAGAACUUGUUGGCACCUGGUACCACUUUCUGGUCACAAGGUUGCUCUACAGCCACCCCACAGUCAAAUCCACAGAGCUGCAUUUCUACGCACAGUCCUGCAUGACCAUGUUUCUAGACCCCAGGAGCGUGCCAGAAGCCUUGGACAGCAUUUUAUUAGCUGCUUUUGAGUUUGACAUCCAUCAGGUCAUCAAGGACUGCAGCAUUGCCCUGAACAAUUGGUGGUUCGUGGCCCACCUGACAGAUCUACUUGAUCACUGCCAGCUCCUUCAGUCCCACAAUCUGCACUUUGGCUCCAACUUGAGAGAGUUUCUGCUGUUGGAGUACGCAUCUGGUCUCUUCACUCACCAUAGUCUGUGGCAGUUGGCCGUGGACUACUUUGACCACUGCCCUGAGUUCGGCCGUGUUUACCUGGAGCUGCAGAUGGAGCGCAUACCCUUAGACACGGAGCGUAAAGCCCUCAAGGUGCUCAGGAUCUGUGAGCAACGGCAGAUGUCAGAGCAAGUGCGCAGUAUUUGUAAGAUCAUGGCCAUGCGUGCUCUGAGGAACAACAGACUCGGUUCCGCUCUCUCCUGGAGCAUCAGAGCCAAAGACGCCGCCUUCGCCACCUUGAUUUCAGAAAGGUUUUUACAGGAUUACUCUGCCAGAGGGACCUUUUCCGAUCUGGACCUCAUCGACAAUUUAGGUUCGGCAAUGCUGCUCAGUGACAGGCUUACAUUCCUUGGGAAGUACCGUGAGUUCCACAAGUUUUACGGCGAGAAGCACUUCAGGGAUGCGGCCAAGCUUCUCCUCUCCUUGAUGACUGCCAAGAUCGCCCCCAGAAGCUUCUGGAUGACUCUACUGACAGACGCCCUGCCGCUGCUUGAGCAAAAAGAGGUCAUUUUCACUGCAGAGCAAACCUACGAGCUUAUCUUCUGUUUGGAGGAACUCACCUCCUCAAACUCCGCCACCGCUGCUUCCACGACCGACGCCCCCAUGCAGGAGGAAGACUUAGAGGUGACCAAAGUGGAGCUCCUCAGACUGGCCCUGGCCCGCAACUUGGCCAAGGCCAUCAUCAACGAAGGCACAGUGCAAAUGUGAACACUCGGCUCAUUUUCUACCGUUUCUAUUCAUUUCCAACUAAAAUCCUGUUUGAUAACCAA